AUGACAGAACUUCUGUUGAUUAUGAAUGUGAGAAUAGAUGAAGGGAGACAGGGUACAAUCAAUGUACAUUUGGGAGAUGAUCCUGAGGUGUUGGCUAGAGAUUUCUGUAUUGAAUACAAUGUGAACUAGAGGUUGGUUCCCUUGUUGAUAGAGAAUAUAAAUAAAAAUUUGGAGGUGGCUGAAUAACAGAAAGUGAAUGUAAGAGAAAGAGAUUAAUGUAUAGUCUGGUUAAGAUACCAUGCAAUAUUCGACAGAAACAUGCAAUUCAAAGUUUAUGGAAACUCCAUUUAAUGAACCAUUGCAGCAAAUGUCAACGAACAAUUACUACCCAACUCAUUCAUCAGUUCAUGAUAGACUGUAUGAGGAUGCGAAGAAUAAGAGAUUGAAAUAGAAAUUGAAUAUAUCCGAUAGUAGAUCCAAAAAAAUCAAAAUUCAGGAGCCUGAAAUAAAUUACGGGUUAUUUCUGUAUUAGAAGGGUUUGAAAAAGAAUGAGGAGAAAUAAUAAAGAGCAGAGAGUGCUAAGAAGGAUUUGUAGAAUUCACAAUUAGUUGAGUGUACUCAUCAUCCAAGGAUAAAUCAUGUUUCUAGAUAAUUGGCACAACGCAAAGGAGAGUGUGUGAGUGAACAUUUGAAUAGGUUGGCUUAGGAGCAGAAAAUAAAGAGGGAGAAUGCUAGUCAAGAACACUUAAAGACCGAAGUUUAAAGUUGUUCAUUCAAGCCUUAGAUCAAUAGAAUGUAUUGGAAAUAACUAAUCUUAAUAGAUCAAGGUAUAUAGUGGAGGAAAGAAAUGAACGAGGCAACUAGCCAUGGUAUGAGUCAUUGUAUUCAGAUUAUGAUUCCAAGAGGUAGAAAUUGGAGCAGCUGGAGAAGUAGUACUUCUCAUCAAAUUACACAUUCCAUCCUAAGAUAGAUCUGAUAUCGGAGAAGAUCGUUUAGGGUAGCAGUUUUGAGUAGAGAUAGAAGAACAGGUCGACAUCAAGACAAAACUUGUCUGUCUGUGAUGAUGAGAACUAGUUGUUCAAACCUAAAACAGGUAGACCUCCUGAGAAGAGACCAAGAGAUUUGUUUCAGAAUUUGUAUAAUCAGGCUAAGAUUUACGAGUAGAAAAGACAGAAUUAGAUUGUCUAAUUACAUCAAUAAUAAAUAAGUGCAUCUUAGAUUAGAGCAAGUGAGAGAUCGAAUCAGAUGAUACAGUCACAAAUGCAGGUUGCAUUGAUGAAGAUCUUUGAAUCUUUGGAUAGUGAUAAGGAUGGCUGCAUUAAUUCUGAGAACUGUGAUGUGGGGGAUUUGGAGGAUAAUGUUAUCAAGAUUUUGUCUCCUUUGCUUUUGGAAAUGGAAUCUGGAAAUCAUACUCUCAAUAAGAAGGAAUUCGUGGAAUCUGCAGAAAGAUUAGUGGCCACAUUGUCUCCAGGGGAUAAACAUGAACUAUUGAAAAAACCAGGCAGGAAGACUGAUGUUCCUCAAUAUAGUUUUAAUGUGUGUAAUUAUUCUUUAUAUAAUAGCCAUCUGUCAAUAAGAGAUCUUAAAAAAUUGCGGCAGCUAAAAGGAAUUGA